AUGAGUGUUUAUCUAGACAAAGUAAAAAGAAUAAUCAAUAAUUUUGAAGGGGAUGACAGGAAUAGCCUUGUGAGCCAUUGUAUAUUGGUUUCAAGGGAUGUUCUGCUUGAUGACAGAGAAGUAAAGAGAGCAAAGCUCGAUGUGGUGACAGAUCUGUAUUCUAUUAUUGUGGAUGAUGCUGAUGCGCUGCUAGACGAAGUUCUGUCGCACAAGAUAUUGCAAGUAAGGGCGUUGAUUCUUGAUCUUGUAGAUAAUGAUUACUCGGUUGAUUACGAAGAUGUCGGCAUGCCUGAACGAUGGAUCAGGAAGAUAGUUGAAGAUACUAGAGACACAUUUGAUUUUGAGUCGGAAUUUGGGAUGAAGGCAUUAUUGAUGUACAACAAGAAGCUUCUUGAUGAGUUUUGUGCAAUAUUUGUCUCUACCAACAAGAAGUUUGGAUCGAAUGGAAACCAAUUGUUGCUCAAUUUUUAUUACUACAAGAAGGAAAUUGGAACAAAAGCUUGUGAAGCAAGUAAAGACACAAACGAUGACUUUGAAGAGUUUUUUAAUACGAUAAAGCAAUCAUUUAGAAGUGAUAUGUACAAAACUGUUGAAGAGUUAGAGGAGAUCCUUAGAGAACAAUAA